CUGUUUCCUGCAACAAACAACACUUGUACCUAACCUGACAUUGAACUUCGAACCCGCAUAUAUUUAUUUUAUCUUACAGAAAGAAAUAAUCAACUUUCGGAUUAAGUAAUAGAAGAAACUUUCAUAUUGAGGGGAAAAAAUACUAUUGGUCAUUCGACAUUAUCCUAUAAGCAGAACGUAUGUAAUUUUCAUCAUUUAAUUUUCUGGAAAAGUGGUGGUAGUAAUUCAAAAUGCUUCCUAUUAGUCUGUUUAUUACAAACCUAACGAAAAGCCCUAAAGUUUCAAGUGUUACCUUACGAAAAAUGAGUACAGAAGUUCCAGACGUUAUUCUCGAAGAAAUUAAUAAUAAGGGUAUUAUCACCCUCAAUAGACCGAAAGUUCUAAAUGCAUUGAAUCUGUCUAUGGUGAAAAAAAUCGUUCCAGCACUCAAGAAAUGGGAAAAAGAUGGAAAAAUAUGUGUUAUUAUAAAAGGUGCCGGAGAAAAAUCGUUCUGUGCUGGGGGCGAUGUUAAGAACAUAGUAUUGGAUGGGAUGAAGGGUGGUAAAUUAGGCCACGAGUUUUUUCGGGAAGAAUACGCUAUGAACGGGUUGAUUGGGAAUUAUAGUAUACCUUAUGUGGCUUUUAUUGAUGGAAUCGUUAUGGGCGGUGGGGUAGGUUUAUCAGUUCAUGGAAAAUAUAGAGUAGCCACUGAGAGAUCUUUGUUUGCUAUGCCUGAGACUCAAAUUGGACUUUUUCCUGAUGUUGGUGGGUCUUACUUUCUACCUCGACUAAAAGGAAAAUUAGGGCUAUAUUUGGCUUUAACUGGUGAAAGAUUAAAAGGUGCAGAUUUAAUGAAAGCUAAAAUAGCAACACACUUCACAACAUCUGAUAAAUUACAUGAUUUGGAAAAAACAUUACUCAGCUGCAGUACUGCGGUUGAAGUAGAAAAAACUUUGGAUCAUUUUAAUGUGGAAGAUAACAAACCUUUUCUGUUAGAACCUUUCAUAAAUAAAAUUGAUUCUCAUUUCUCUGCAAACACAGUUGAAGAAAUUUUCAACAGAUUAGAAAAAGAUGGAUCAGAUUGGGCAAUGAAAACUUUGGAAACAUUAAGAAAGAUGUCCCCAACAAGUUUGAAAGUUACUCACAAAAUUAUUAAUGAGGGAGCUAAAUUGACUUUGGCAGAAGCUUUGCAAGUCGAGUAUCGUGUGGCUAUAGGCUGCUUAUCUCAGCAUGAUUUUUACGAGGGUGUAAGAGCUUUGCUGAUUGAUAAGGAUCAAAAACCAAAAUGGAAACCUAGUACAUUAGAAGAAGUUACUGAUGAUAUUGUUAGUAGACAUUUCAAUAGAUUAUCAGAAGACAAAGAACUGAAACAUAAAUUAUGAUGAUUUAAUUAAUAUGGGGCUGUGGAAUUAAUCUCGUAUAUUUUUUAUUAUACAUUAAACAAAUAUAAAGUGAAGGGCG